AUGGUGGUCGGGUGUCGCGAAUUCCGGCCUCGCGACGGCUCAGCAGCGGUUGGUCGGGGUUCGUCGGGAAUAGCUCCGCCGCUGCUGCUCGUUCUCGGUUCACCUGCCUCGCGUCGCCGGUUGUCUUCCGGCCGAAUUUCGGAGGGACGAUUGCUGCUAAAUCGAGAGGAGAUGAGGCGAGGGUAUGAGGGGCGUCGAUCAAUUUUAAGGGUGGAGGGCCAAAAUCUGUUGCAACUGCUCGAAAGAAUUGGGGAGAACUCCUCCCGUCGUUGCUGCAGAUUCGAGAGAGAGAGAGAUCGGAGAGGGAGAGAAACCGAGAAUUUGGGGGAAACGUUAGGCUGCUUCUUGGAUUGGAAUUUGGGUUGA